AUGUGUGGGAACGUGCAGUGCAGCAUCAAACCUACUUCCUCUUGCAUACAGUACUGUACUCCGUUCUCAGCUACUAUUCUUGGUUUAUCAUCCAUAGACGCAGAAAAAAACAUAAUUCUGGACAGCCCUGUGCAUCUGAAACUAGAGUGUAUUCUGGAAGCUGACUCCAUGCAGAUUUCCAAUCUAACAUGGAAACAUGGAGAGGAAGAACUCAGCCAAGACCUUUAUCUGGACAAUAAGACAGCCGGUGAAUGGCGCACCACACUGGAAGUGUCUGUGGCAGACGUGAACAGUACUGGAAGUUAUGCUUGCCUUUUUAGUUCUAACACAGAGGCAAAAGCAACAUUUUAUAUAAAAGCGCCUGGUGUUCAUUGUGGGGGAAAGACCUUAAUGACUUAUAUUGGAGAUACUACAGUCUUGAAAUGUGACAGCUCCAAUUACAAUCCUGUGGAAUGGCUCUGGUAUACAGUCAAUGGAAAUGAGCAGGUACUUUUAAAUAUCUCUUCAGGAUCCUUAAAAUACAAACAAGCCAACAAAACAGCUAACGUGACAAAGUUGCACAUAUUUGACCUGACUGAAGAAGAUAGCGGUACUUAUGUGUGCAAGGCUGUGUUUAAGACCGGGGACAGUGAAGGACAAGUUCACAUCAAAGUGCUCAGUUUAAUGGCGCCAUUUAAGGUCUUUCUUGCUAUUGUAGCCGAAGUUGUCGUUUUAGUGGCCGUUAUUUUAGGCUUUGAAUUGCUAAGCAAGAAGAAACACAGUGAAGAUGAUGUUAAAAGUGAAGAUGAACAAAUGGCACACCUAAAAUCUGAUGAAAACGGCACAAGUGAAGCAAGCGCCAUAAGGCAGAGGAACGUUUAAUAUAUAAGUGAUGCAGCCUCUCUCCAGAGGAGUAUCCAGUCGACUUCAACCCUCUUCAGUAUGAACCAAAGUUUGGCUACAACCUCAACCCAUCACGCUCUCUUGAAUGUUCGUGACUUCCGAGCAAUAAUAAUAUAUGCACACUUGAAUGCAUAUCUUGCUUACCUACUGAAAACUGUAUUCCUUAAAGAAGAAC